AUGUAUUUUUAUAAUCAAUCUACCAACAUCGGUAAUUUCAGUCAAUUAGUAGAUGAUAACAAAUAUCUACAUCUAGAACCUUACAACACUCCGAAAGAAAUUGAACAUUUCAAAAAAUGUUUAAGAAGAUAUUCUGAUUAAAAAUGGUAAUUAAUCACCUCCUUCAUGUAGGUACCUUUUUACGUCGUUGUUGACUUUAUAGUGGUUUUGACAUCCUUAUGCAUUUAUGGUAGUAAGCAAGAAAAGUAGGAUAAAUUAGAAUCAAAAGAGUAAAGUUAGAAUUAUAUAGAAAUCAUUAGAGUAAUAAGAAAGGGAGGAGUUCCUCAAGAAAAAUUAGAUUGA